AUGAAAAGUUUUUUGUUUCUACUGACCAUUAAUUAUUUAAUAUUUGUUUCAAAAUCAUUUAAACUUUCACCUCUUGAUAAAGAAAGUUUUUUUGAAAGUGAUAAUGAUGGAGAGGAACAUUCUAGUGAGACAUCCAUCUAUGAUAUAUUUUCUGUUGAUGAACAAAUUGGUACUGAAGAUGAUUACACAGGUCCUGAUGAAUGUCUUCAUUAUUGUAAUGAUAAAAUGAUUGGUAUUGUUAAACCUGCCAUGUCAAUGUCUAUGAAAAUUUCUGAGAAAUAUAAAAUUAUUUGCGAAGAAUAUCAGUCAGCAAUAACUUGUAUGAAAGAAAGACCACAAUGUCCAAGUCAAAAAUUUUUUGUUACAUCUACUAGCGGUUUAAAGUAUAUGUGCGAAGAACAAAAAGAUGCAUUUGAUGCUACAAUUCCAUGUAUUACUGAUUGGUUCCGAUAUUCAAAUUCUGAAUGUGAAACUCUUUGUAUGGCUUCAAAUUUGGUAAAUGGAAUUUCAUUAAAACAAUUGUUUCAACAAGAUUUUAAAUUUCUAGAAGCAUUUGAUCCAUACAUUGCAAAAAUAUCAAUAAAUGAAAUGUGCCGUGUUGCUGAAUGUAUGUUAUCAUGUUAUAAACAAAAAUUGAACACGCGUUGUGAUGGAAUAGCAGGAUCAAUAUUGGCAGAAGUUGUUCUAAGACCAGUAGCUGAUGUGCAAGCAGUAGGAGGACCAAUAUCUCCUCUGUUAACAUCACUUUUGCCAUUAAAAUGUGCCUUUUUACAUGAUACAAAUAUCAUGAAACAACUAAGAAUUGAUGAAAGACUAAGCAAGGAAAUUGCAAAAAAAUAUCGACUUCAAAAGGAACUUCCACAAAAAAAUACAGAAAAAAUUGACAUAAAGGAUAUUCAAGAUCCUUUUGUCUAUAAUAUAAGUAGUGAUUCACCUUUUAGUUUCUAA